GAAAUAUCAACAAAUUGAACACAUGUUUAUUUGUUUUUGUGCAAAUUAUAGAUUACAUUUAGUUGUUUUCUGAAGUCUGUUUCGUUUUUUUGAUUCAUGCUCGAAAGCGUGUGAUGAAAAGGACUGUCGAUAUGGACCAAUUAACGUAUCAAACAGCAGUUAAAAAGGCCCAACUGGUCGAAAGGAAUCCCCAAUUGCAGUUGGACCCAAUGCGUGUUUCUAUGCAUCAGGAGGAGGAUAUCAUAGAAUUAGCUCAACAGAUUCAAAAUGCUGACAAGCAAUUGAAAAGUAGUACUUGCCAUAAGCUAGGUGUAAUAAUGGACCAGAUUAAGAUGCUUCAGGCCCAGGCAAUGAAUAUACUUAAGGAGUCCAAUCUUAACCAAGAUCUGCACAGUGCAGCCUGCAACUUUACCAAAAAACCCGGCCAAAUCUAUCAUCUUUAUCAAAGGGCAUCGGGUCAAAACUAUUUUAGCAUGCUCUCACCGGAAGAGUGGAAUCUUUCGGUUGACCAGACUUUUAAGGGCAGUUAUAGGCUAGAAUAUGAUUUAACUUGGACCCCGCUGGAUAAGAUUAAAGAAAAGGACGAAAAGGUUAUGUGGGCAGAACAAAUGUAUGAACAAGGCUCUGGAAAGUAAACAGGGCUCACCUAUGGCAAUUGACUUUAAUAUAAAUAAUUAAGUUAUUAUUUUGUAAUGUGUUGAGUUUAAAUGAAAUAUGUACUUGUAUAUCUUAACUGCUCUAGUAAUCAGCAAAAAAUCAAGAAAAUAUAAAGUUUUAUAAAUAUAAAGAAAAUAAUUGGAA